ACUAAAUUUGUGAUCUGUUUUACCUUUUUGACGUCUUUCGCGACUGAAAAAUUAACGAAAUCGUAGUUCUCACUAUUUUUCUAAACGAAAGCUUUGUACACCAUCCUCUGAGUGCUCGUUUCACUCUAUCCGACCCAAAGAAUAGCGCUGUAGUUUUCAGCGACGCUAGCUAUUCGUAACUUUUUAACCUAUGUGACACCAUGUGACACUCGUUUCCCGCCAAAAUUGUUACACCACGUGUUUUAAAUUAAAAGAAAAACAAUCAUGAGUGAAGACGCUAAAGAAAACGAAUUCGUAUUGCGACCCAUAAAUUGCGAAUUAAAUCAACUUUCUAUGCCGGAUGGGUCGGCAAUGUUAAUGCAAGGAGAUACUGCAGUGGUUGCUGGUGUUUAUGGACCGGUGGAACCAAAACUUCAAAAAAUGAUCUAUGACAAAGCAUUUGUGGAGGUAUCUUAUACUCCUAUAAAAGGACCUGCCAAGGUGGAUGAUAGGAUGACAGAAAUGUAUAUAAAAGAAACUUGCGAAGCUGCGAUAAUUGUGACCUUCCAUCCAGCCACAGCUAUAUGUAUCAACAUACAAGAAGUAGAGGAUUCUGGCGGGUUGUUAGCUUGCAUAAUCAAUGCAGCCUGCCUGGCGCUUAUUAACGCUGCAGUUCCAAUGAAAUUCACUAUUGCAGCAGUCUGUUGCAUGAUAGAGGAAAAUACUGAUAACAUUAUAUUAGAUCCUAACAACAAUCAAUUAGAGGAUGCUAGAGCAGAGUUCACUUAUGCAUUCGAUAGCAUGAACAAAGACGUCAUAUGCUGUCACACUGUGGGUCAAUUCACGGAAGCAGAGUUCUUCGAAACGAUGGAUAAAUGCAAACAGGCUAGUCAACAUAUAUUUGAUUUUUACCGAAAUCUUGUAAAAAAGUAUGCAAAUGUAAUAUAACACUUACACAUUUUUAUGAAA